AUGAAUCAAAACGAAACUCUUGUCAAUUCCAACCAACAACAAGCCUUUAAUAGCAAUACAUCGGAGGUGUCAUCAUCACAACCAACAAGUCCAAACAAUUAUAAUAAUAAUGGAAAUACGCUACCUCAGACACCCACAUCCUCAGACUCGUCAUCAGUAAAGGUGGGAGUACGUGUGAGGCCAAUGCUGCCUAAGGAAAAGCUUGAAAAGAGUCGGGAAUGUGUAACAAUGGACCCUGUAAAUAGUCAAAUUAUUGUCGGAAGAGAUCGAACGUUUGCUUUCGAUUAUGUUUUUGGACAACAAUCUCAGCAGCAACAAGUGUAUAAUGUCAGCGUCAAAAAUUUAGUGGAAGGGUUAUUUCAAGGCUACAAUGCAACGGUUCUAGCCUAUGGACAAACAGGCUCCGGAAAAACAUACACUAUGGGCACAGCUAACUCAACAAAUUUACUAGAUGAAGAACUAGGAGUAAUACCAAGAGUAAUACAGAACAUUUUUGAAAUUAUCAAGCAACGAUCAGAUGCAGAUUUUUUAGUGCGAGUUUCGUUUCUUGAGAUUUACAAUGAAACGAUAAAAGAUCUAUUGUCGCCGUCCACAUCAACAAAAUUAAUUCAAAUAAGAGAGGAUGAAAAAAAAGGAAUUUUACUAGUAGGAAUUAAGGAGGAAUCGGUUCAAUCGUAUGAUGACAUGAUUGGAUGUUUAGAGACGGGGAGUUUAUAUAGAACUGUAGGCAGUACUUUGAUGAACGAAGUGUCAAGCAGAUCUCAUUCAAUAUUUACAAUAAUUCUUGAACAAAGACUGAAAACCGGAAAUGAAGGAGAGGCAACGUCAGGCCAAUCUAUGACAGCCAAAUUUCAUCUUGUUGAUUUAGCAGGAAGUGAAAGAACGAAAAGAACUGGAGCUGUUGGCGUUCGAUUUAAAGAGGCCGUCCAAAUUAAUUGUGGAUUACUUGCCCUAGGAAACGUUAUAAGUGCUCUGGGAGAUGAGAAAAAAAGAGCGCACACUACACAUGUUCCUUAUCGAGAUUCUAAAUUAACACGAUUGUUACAGGAUAGUUUAGGAGGAAAUAGUCGUACCGUAAUGUUAGCAUGCAUUUCUCCAGCAGAUUCAAACUUUGAGGAGACAUUGAAUACCCUAAAAUAUGCAAACAGAGCCAGAAACAUCAAGAACAAACCAGUUGUGAACAUUGAUCCUCAUUCUAUGCAAAUAGAUCAGCUCAGAAAUGAAAUACAUGCCUUAAAAUUGGCUCUUCUUCAACAGAAAAUGUCAUCAGAGGGAGUGCAAUAUUCUGAUUCGCUAGAAGAGCUACUAAAGUUUGAAGACAACCAACGAUUUCUAUUGGAGAUUCAAAAGAAAACACCAUCAUCAAGCAAUUUACUACAAUUAGCAAGCGUUCACGACCACAAGGAUGAGACAAAAUUACUUCGAGAUCAGCUUUCUUCAAGCAAUUCAAAAAUUACAGAGCUAAGCGAAAGCAUUUUCAAAAUGGAGGCAGAACGCGAUAUGUACUUACAUAAGAUACAAAGUUUUCGUCAGCGCGUUAAAGAAGUAUUGCGAGUUCUUUUCAAAGUUCCUUGGAGCACACUUGACAUUCCAAAAGAGAAAAUAACUGAGAUCAUCAAAGUAUUGGAAGAUGUUGCCAAUUACGACCUCAAUGCAAAUGCAGAAAGAAAAGAAAAGUUACAAAGUUUAUCACCUCGACUACCAAACAUUGAGCAAGUCGUUGCUGAAAACCAUGAGAUAGAAGAAAAGAAUAAGGUGAUAGAUUCUCUUACUAAAGAACUGAAAGAAGCAAAAGACGAUCUCAAACGUGACGAAAAAAUAUUUACUGAAAAGAUGCGAGAAAUUAAGAGGUUAUCUAAAACAAAUUGGGUUCUUAAAAAGAAUGUCCAAGCCUUGAAGCAAGAUCUUGAUUCUGAGAUGAAACGAGUAGCUCAACUUGAAGAAUACAUCCAAAGCCUUCCAGAAGAAUUGGGCGUAACUGCCGUUCCUCCACUCCCCACAACAAGUGCACCAAAAAUACCAGAAACCAAUGACGUGAAACAAGAUGUACAAACAGAUGGCCAAGAGGAUGGAGAGAUUGGCAAGUUAGAAGAUGAAAUCAAAAAUCUUGAAAAAGAGAAAACAUUAAUGUACAACCAACAAAGCCAAAUUGAGCUUGAAAAAUCAAUGAUUGAAAAACAAAUGCAAGAACAUCAAAAAAUGUAUUUAAGAAAGCAAAGAAAGCUGGAACAAAGUUUGAAAGACCUUACUGUAAUGAUAAAACUAAAAGAGGAGUUGAUCAAGGAUUUGUUAAAGAGCGAACAUGAGUCCAUUGUUCUAAAAGAGCAAUACGAAAAGAAGAUUAUCGAAAUGGAGAAUUCGGUAGUUGCGACUCAACAAGAGUUAGAGAAAUUGAUGAAUGCUCUAGAAACCGCCGACAUGGAGAGAGGCAAAAAGGAAGAAGAAAAAAAAAGAAUUCAGCUUGACUAUGAAGAUCGACUGAACAAGCAAAAUAUGCAAUUAUCCGAUCUAAGGAAAAAAGCUACUGAAAAUGAAAGGCUGAUGAAGCUAAAGUAUCAAAGCGAUCGAAAAGUGUAUGAUCUACAGACAGAGAUUACAAAGAUGAAAUCACAGCAAGAAUUUCUUAAAGGCAAGAUCAAAGAAGAAACGGAGAAACAGAGCCAAACAUACAACUCUCAACUGAAGCAAAUAUCUGCUCUAAAGAAACAAGGGGAAGCUAGUCAAAAGAGAAUACGAGAGCUGGAGACUGAGAAUCAGCGACAAAAAGAAAUUUUAGAACGAAAAUCAGAAGAGGUUCAGAAAGUCAACCAACAACUGAGGUUAAAUAGGUAUCAAUUAUCUCGUGUUUCAAAAAGCAAAUCUAUUUCUGCAGAUAUUGAUAAACAGAAAGAAUGGCUCGAUAAAGAAAUUGAGAAAUAUAUGACUAAAAAGGAGGCUAUUGAGACUCUUGAAAAGGAGUUAGCAAGAAGAGAAGCAAUAAUUCAAGAGAAAGAGAAAAUGCUGUCCGCUAAACAAGAUAUUGAAAUGAGGAAAAUGCGAAAGAACCAACAUAUGCAAGAAUCCAUGGUUGACAUCCAUAACCAGCUACAGGAAGUGGAAAGAGAAAUAGUGGAAAAGGAAACAAUUUUGAAGAGCAAGAGAACAUCUAACAGUAAUAAUUGCUUGAAAACUGAAGCAAAAAUAAUCAAUGAUUUGCAAUUACAAAUUGAAAGUUUACAUCAAAAGCGAGAGAAGAUGUUACGACAGCGAGAGAAACUGGAGCAAAAAGCUAAAGAUCAAAUCAAGAAAGAAGAGGAGGAACUUCAAGAAAUUAAUGAACGAACAGAGGUUCUGGAUGCUGAAAUUGAAUUUAAAAACGAAACUAUUGAACAAGUUCAAAACAGACUCAGAGUUGAGGAAAGCGAUUCUUCUCUCUCACUUUCUCGUUUCAAUGACAUCAACUCGCUUGCAGAGGCCAAAGUGCUCUUGAAACAGUACUUUGAAAAAGUGAUAGAACUUAAAGAAGAUGAGAAAUCAAAGAAACAAAAGCUUCUAGAGUACGAUUUAUCCUUAAAAGAACGAGACAAGAUGAUUGAAAAUCUCCAGAAUCACAUACGAUUAACUGAAUUAGUUUUCGAGCGAAGACAAAUCAAGCUACAGAAGGAGAGUGAACAGAAAAUAACAUAUCUUCUAAAACAAAUAGCCCAAUAUAAUGGGGAUCAGUCUUCAACUUCUGGCGGCUCCUUAUCUAUUGACACUGAAAAGAUUGACAAGCUCAUCAAAUAUAAGGAUGAGCAAAUUCAAAAGCUAGAAAAACAGUUGGACAAAAUUAAGCUACGUUCAGAACAAGUUGAGAACAAUGCAGCUGUUAGACUCUCCACUAACACCAAGCUUUCGAGUGAGCUACGAAGCUUGAAACAACUCGUAUCCUACAAACACUCCAAUGUAAAUUAUUAA